GAUAAGUGGUAGUUUAAUGUAACUAUGAUGAAGGUGAACGCUGACUUCAUGAAAUAUGUACAAUCCUGUUCAAUUUUGACUGGUGUAUCUCAGAUUGUUGAUUAAGUUUAUGAAAAUAAUCAGUAGUUGUGUUGACGUAUUGUAUAAUACUGUUGUGACUUAAGACUUGUGUGUUUAGUUUCAGACUAUCAAUACCUACCCAUUUUUGUCCACUUGUAGACUGUAAUUGUAGUUUGUAGUUCUGUAAUUCUGUACACAAAAUCAAUCGUGGUUCUGUAUCAUUCUCAAAUAUUCUGUUGUCUGUACCGCAGAUACAGUGAACACAACAAUUCAAUUGAUAAGUGAUAAGUGAUUAGUGUCUAUAACCUGCGUACCAUGUCAGAAGUCACAAAACCUCAAGAACUGUUGUCUGCAACCAUAGCUCGCCAUUAUGAUAAUGGAGAAAAUAACUUAUCAGCACGAAAUGCAUCCCGUAUCUUGUACUUACGCAAUUUUAACAAUUGGGUUAAAUCAACUCUUAUUCAGGAAGCAGUAACAAUGCUUAGAGACAGCAAAAUUCAUGAUGGAAAAAUGCAUGUAUUAGAUUUAGCCUGUGGUAAAGGUGGCGAUUUAAAUAAAUGGAGAAAUUCAAGUUGCAUGGAAUAUCUUGUAGCUGUAGAUAUAUCUCCUGGGUCAAUAUCGAAUUGUCAUUCCAGAUACGAAGAGAUGAAAACAAGAAACAGAUACUUAUUUGAUGCUCAAUUUAUUGUUGCAGACUGCACUAGAGUGAAUAUAAAUACAUUAUUUAAGGACUCAUGUAUGAAAUUACAUUUGGUAAGCUGUCAGUUUGCAUUUCACUACUGCUUUGAAAGUAUACAACAAGCUGAAUGUAUGCUAAAAAAUGUAUCAGAAAAUCUGAUGAGUGGUGGAAUAUUUAUAGGUACUAUACCUAAUGCCAGAGAAAUAGUGAGACGCCAAAAAGAAUGCGGUGAAAAACAAUUUGGUAACAGUAUCUAUAAUAUUGAGUUUAUGUGUGACAUUGAUAAACCAUUUCCAAUAUUUGGUGCAAAAUAUAAUUUUCAUUUAGAAGGAGUUGUAGACUGCCCAGAGUUCCUAGUUUAUUUUCCCGUUUUGGAAAAGUUAGCAAAAAGUUAUGGAUUGGAACUGAAAAUGAAAAUGACAUUUGCCGAGUAUUUUGAAAAACGUUCAAAUUUAGAUGCAAAUUUCUUAAACCGUAUAACAGCAUUGGAGUUAUAUCCUCCCCGGGAAGGAGUUGAACUCAUGGGAGCAGAAGAUGACUAUGAUAAAGCCAAACAGUUUUUAAAAGAAAAUAAACAGGGCAGUGUUGGGACACUAUCAAAAUCGGAAUGGGAAGUUGCAACUCUAUAUAUGGUGUUUAUGUUCCAAAAAAUGUAA